CAGAGAGCGGAGCCUCGGCCAGCUCCGAGGGGCGGGCGCUGGAGCGCAGCGCAGUCCUACCGGUCCGCGGAGCCGACAACUGCAAGCCGGGCGCUGCCACCGGAGGCGGACGAUGGGGGCAGGUGCCGCCGCCGGCGCCGUGGACGGGCCGCGCCCGCUGCUGCUGCUGCUGUUGGUCCUGGGGGUGUCCCUCGGACGUGCCAAGGAGGCCUGCUCCUCAGGCCUGUACACCCACAGUGGAGAGUGCUGCAAAGCCUGCAAUCUGGGCGAGGGGGUGGCCCAGCCUUGUGGAGCCAACCAGACCAUGUGUGAGCCCUGCCUGGACAGUGUGACAUUCUCUGACGUAGUGAGUGCCACCGAGCCAUGUAAGCCGUGCACCGAGUGCGUGGGCCUGCAGAGCAUGUCGGCGCCAUGUGUGGAGGCGGAUGAUGCCGUGUGCCGCUGCGCCUACGGCUACUACCAGGACGAGACCACCGGCCAUUGCGAGGCCUGCCGUGUGUGCGAGGUGGGCUCGGGCCUCGUGUUCUCGUGCCAGGACAAGCAGAACACCGUGUGCGAGGAGUGCCCCGACGGCACGUACUCCGACGAGGCCAACCACGUGGACCCGUGCCUGCCUUGCACGGUGUGCGAGGACACCGAGCGCCAGCUGCGCGAGUGCACGCGCUGGGCCGACGCAGAGUGCGAGGAGAUCCCUGGCCGUUGGAUUACACGAUCCACACCCCCAGAGGGCUCGGACAGCACAGGCCCCAGCACCCAGGAGCCCAAGGUACCUCCAGAGCAAGACUUCAUAGUCAGCACAGUGGCAGAUGUGGUGACCACAGUGAUGGGCAGCUCCCAGCCCGUGGUGACCCGAGGCACCGCUGACAACCUCAUCCCUGUCUACUGCUCCAUCCUGGCUGCUGUGGUUGUGGGCCUCGUGGCCUACAUCGCCUUCAAGAGGUGGAAUAGCUGUAAGCAGAACAAGCAAGGUGCCAACAGCCGGCCUGCGAACCAGACGCCCCCACCUGAGGGAGAAAAGCUCCACAGUGACAGCGGCAUCUCCGUGGACAGCCAGAGCCUGCAUGACCAGCAGCCCCACACGCAGACGGCCACAGGCCAGGCCCUCAAGGGGGACGGAGGCCUCUAUAGCAGCCUGCCGCUGGCCAAGCAGGAAGAGGUGGAGAAGCUGCUCAACGGCUCUGCGGGGGACACCUGGCGACACCUGGCAGGCGAGCUGGGAUACCAGCCUGAGCACAUAGACUCCUUCACCCAUGAGGCCUGCCCGGUCCGUGCUCUCCUUGCCAGCUGGGCUGCCCAGGACAGCGCAACGCUCGACGCCCUCCUGGCUGCCCUGCGCCGCAUCCAGCGAGCUGACAUUGUCGAGAGCCUGUGCAGCGAGUCCACAGCCACGUCCCCAGUGUGAGCCGACCUGGAAGCCCGUGCCCUGCCCCCACAUUCCGGCGACUGAUGCUCCAGCUAACCCCAUGGGCCAGCGUCAGAGCUGAGCUCCUCUGGGCAGGGCGGUGGAGCCCAGGCCCCUGAACCACAGCCCUGUCCCUGCUCCUGUAGGGCCCCACUGCUGCCCGUCACUCUCCCCCUCCAGUGCCAGAGCGCCCUGCUGCCUCUCCCACCCUCCUCCUGCCCCAUCACUGUCUCCAGCCGACUCCCUUCUCCCCACACUUCCAGUAGGCCAGCCCCCUCACCUUAGCAGGUGUCCUAUCUGGGUGGCCGACACCAGGAGUGGUGUUGGGGGUCAAGACAAGGUCCCAGAGACUCAGAGGAACCAGAGCCAUGGACUCUACACUGUGAACUUGGGGCAUGAGGAGCAUCCCUGGGGCCUAAACCUUCCCUCAGUCCCCUGCCCCGCCCCUCUGGCCUGGGAUGAAGAGGGUAAGAGGCUGUCAGAGCUGGAAGGGGGUUUUGAAGUCUAGGUUAGCUCCCUCCUUUGUACACAGGACAGUGAGGCCCAGAGAGAGGUAGUGGCUUGCCCAAAGUCACCCUGCAAUGGGGAAGUCAGAUAUGGGCUGGCCCCCCAUCUCUAACUUAGGGGUACAGGCUUCAGGUUUGCUUGAAGGCUGGGAGAGGGGAAUCAGGGAAAUGUCUCUGGAGAGUAUCUCAAAAGCCAGAUCCAGUCUUUGCUCCAUCAUCUCCAAGCCUGUCCAACCUCUGUGGAGAUGGGAUGUUUUGCUCAAGGCCUGGUCCAUUGAUCCAUCACAAUCAAAGAUGGAUUUGAUCGAUCACAGCUUGGGGUUAGUAGAAGGGGGUACCGCUUCCCUCUGUCUGUCCCCCUCAGGCAUAUCAGUGUGGCAUCCGUGGUGUGGCCCAGUCUGUAGGUGCCCUCCAUCCCCACACAGGAGUAUCUCCUCCUAGAGUCAGCCCUGAGAGUCGGGACUAAGACCCCCUCCCCUCCCCAGCUGGUAACAAACAGACUCACUGACACACACAGGAUGAGAAACCUUACUUUUCUCCCCGAGUUCCUCCUCUCCGGCUGGGCCUGGAUCCUGCCCAGGGUAGCUGCCAGAGAAGCAUCGAAGGGACUUGAACUCUGUCCGCUUUCUUCCCUCGCCCCCGGGUUUGGCGGGCCAAGGACAGCUGAUGCUGGAGCUGGUGUCUGUCUUCCAAGGGCCUGCACGUGGAGGAAUGCUCCCCCAAGCCUCCCCUCCCCUGCGAGCAUGGGUUUGGCUGGGCCCCGAAGAUUGCAGUGAAGAAA